AUGUCGACUUUGGAAUCCUCGGGUUCACGGAACUCGAUCCACAACCCGAUCCCUUCUUCGCUCUCCUCUGAAUGCGCAAAGGCGGCCGUGAUCAUCGAUUCAUUUAUUAACCCAAAAUUCAUCGGCGAUGGUGGCAUUCCGCGCAAGAUCCUUUUGCGCGCAAAAGCCCUGAUUAUCUGCACCGUACUUCGAGUAGGGUUCUUGGGCUGCGGGCGUUUCGGUUCUGGGGUUGUUGUAAUUCGUCUCCCCGAUGGGAACUGGUCCGCUCCGUCGGCCAUCGGCCUCGGCGGGGUGGGAAUGGGUGGGCUUAUUGGAGCCGAGUUAACGGAUUUUGUCUUCGUCCUCUAUACCGAUGAAGCAGUCACCAAGUUCAUGCAAUCCGGGUUCUUGCAUUUGGGUCUCAAUGUCUCGGUUGCUUUUGGGGUGGGUCGCAGUGCGGAAUCGGGUGGUAUAGUCGGGUCAAAGGGCGUGUCGGGCUUCUACUCCUUUUCGAAGACUCGGGGGUUAUAUGGAGGUGUUUCGGCUGAAUUGGGUGUUAUUGUUGAGCGCUCGCGGGCCAACAAGAAGAUCUAUGAGCGGAAAAUCAAAUCGGUGCAUCUGGCCGGUGGGGAGAUUCCUUCUCCCCGUGAAGCUGAAUCACUGAUACACAUUCUCAAUUCGAUGAUGCCUCGUCCUUCCAAAAAGCCUGUUGCAGACCCUGUCGUCGAUCCUGUUGUCAAUCCCAUCGUCAAUCCUGACUCCAGCGGACUCCAAUCUCUGGGUCGUGAAGUGCCACCGGAGCUGGAGAUGGGUGACCUGAGCAACUUGGGUCCUGGGCUUUCUGACAUUGGAUCUUCCGAGGCUCACUGGAGCGGAUUGUCUGCUCAGGGCAGUACACAUAAGCCCAGGGAGCUUAACAAAGUCCCUCGAGAGCUCCUUGGUAAACCUAUCCAACCUGUUGAGUCGGCUGAACCGACUCAGCCUACUGAGCCAGCAGAGCCCUCGAAGGUUUUUGAAUUGGAGUCGCGCCAUGGCUCUACUCUUCCGCCCAGCGAGAACCUUUCGCAUCAUGCCUCUGUGAAUUCGUCUACUGAAAAUUCCUCGCAGCACACAUCGCUUCAGUCGUCUGUUGUAAACCCACUGGAGACGCGAGAAACGCGGGACUCGUCUGUUGUGGCGUCUCCUGGUGUCAUUCCUGAGAAUCCAUCUAAGGAAGCGCAAGCCGAACACGCAACAGACCAAGAUGCAACGGUCAAGGCUUGA